AUGAUGCUUCAACACCCAGGCCAGGUCUCUGCCUCAGAAGUCAGUGCCUCUGCCAUUGUCCCCUGCCUGUCCCCUCCUGGGUCACUGGUGUUUGAGGAUUUUGCCAACUUGACACCUUUUGUCAAGGAGGAGCUGAGGUUCGCCAUCCAGAACAAGCACCUCUGCCACCGGAUGUCUUCUGCGCUGGAGUCGGUCACUGUCAGCGAUAGACCCCUCGAGAUGUCAGUUAUGAAAGCUGAGGCAGCCCCUGAAGAAGAUGAAAGGAAAAAGCGGCGGCGGGAAAGGAAUAAAAUUGCAGCUGCCAAGUGCCGAAACAAAAAGAAGGAAAAGACGGAGUGCCUACAAAAAGAGUCGGAGAAGCUGGAGAGUGUGAAUGCCGAACUGAAGGCCCAAAUUGAGGAGCUCAAGAACGAGAAGCAGCAUUUGAUAUACAUGCUCAACCUUCACCGGCCCACGUGUAUUGUGCGGGCUCAAAAUGGGCGGACUCCGGAAGAUGAGAGAAACCUCUUUAUCCAACAGAUAAAAGAAGGAACAUUGUAG